AUGGCAGUGCACAAUCUACUGGCUAAUGCAGUGACGUAUGAUGACGUGCAUAUCGACUUUUCUCGGGGAGAAUGGGCUUUGCUGAAUCCUUCCCAGAAGAAUCUCUACAAAGAUGUGAUGUUGGAGACUUACUGGAACCUCACUGUUAUAGGUAACAAUUGCAAAGAUCAUAAUAUUGAAGAACAUUGCCAAACUUCUCGAAGACAUGGAAGGUACAAAAGAAGUCACUUUGGAGAGAAUCCCUCUGAAUAUACUCAAUGUGUUAACGUCUUUUCAUAUCCCAGGCAUCUUCAAAGACGUAAAGGAGUUCGUAUUAGAAAGAAAACCUGUGAAUGUGAUCAAUGUGGUAAAGCUUUUACAUGCCAAAGUAGUCUUCAAAUACAUAAAAGAACGCAUACUGGAGAGAAACCUUAUGAGUAUAAUCAAUGUGGGAAAGCCUUCUCUUGUGCUUUUCUGCUUGGAAAACAUAAGAGAACACAUACUGGUGAGAAACCUUAUGAAUGUAAUCAUUGUGGGAAAGCCUUUUCACAGCACUUCAAUCUCCAAAUCCAUAUCAGAACACAUACUGGAGAGAAACCCUAUGAAUGCAAUAAAUGUGGUAAAGCCUUUGCACAUUAUAGUCAUCUUCAAAUACAUGAACGAACUCAUACUGGUGAGAAACCUCACAAAUGUAAUCAAUGUGGUAGAGUCUUUUCAGAGCAAAGUAAUCUCCGAAUGCAUGAAAUAAUACAUACUGGAGUGAGAGCCUAUGAAUGUAAUAUAUGUGGUAAAACUUAUGCACACCAGAGUUAUAUUCGAAUACAUAAAAGAACACACACUAGAGAGAAGCCCUAUAAAUACAAAAUCUUUUAUUGUGUCAUUGAUAUGUUAAUGCCUGUGUCUGUCAGAGUAGCAUUUGAGGGCCUCAAAAAACUCAUACUGAAGGCAACCUGA